CACGAUUUGCCUCCCAAACCAGCAUAUCAAAUCACAUACAUAGUUCUAUUUCCUUUACUUUGGAAUCAGUUUCAUCUCAUUAUCCAGCAUCAUAUCGCCUUGGGGACCUAUUCUUACGCACAUCCCAACAUGGCCGCCUCAAUUGCCCCCGAAUGCAACGAGAUCAAAGAGAAAUACGACACCUGCUUCCUCAAGUGGUAUAGUGAGAAAUAUCUCCGUGGCAACACCACCUCCAACGACUGCGAGGAACUCUUCACCAAGUACAAGACGUGCUUGAAUGUCGUCCUCAAAGAAAAGGGCAUCGAUUCCAUGCUCGAAGAUGCCCGGAAGAGCACGACCAAGGAAUUCGACGCCGAGACUCUUCGACGGGGUUGAGGUCUUCUCGUCCGACUCCGGUCCUUAUUCUUCUUUGAUUCCGUCGAUCCAAUCAUCUCUUCUCUCUCUCUUCUCGGAGAAAACAGCUACUUCGGAUCUCUCUACCCUCUUGGUUAAGGAGGGGUGAUGAGAAAGGUAUUUUGGAGUGUUUAUUCUUCAGGAUAUGCAUAGGGCAAGGGGUCAGGGAGAGUCAAACCCACUCCGGACCCCUUCAGAAAGCUCAUCAUAACCCACUCACACCAUCUCGUCUCGUCUCGUCUCAUCCCGUCUCCCCCCUCACUGCUAUAUAUGGCAUGAUCUAGUAGGGGCGUUGCUUGGUUUCCUCUUUUCCUUUUUGAUCAAGACACUAGAGCUGUGCUGUCUACUUACUUGUACUAUAUGUUGUGAUGUACCACCAUGUGCGAUACGAUGUUCCUGGAAACAUGCAUUAUGUAUUAUAUACCUACAACCCCCCACCAGAUAGCUCAAAUCAUCCAUA